UCCGUCGCCUUUUACUGUUUGUUAGAACCAUCUUCUUUAUAGCUCUAGGCCUAUCCGCUGCCAGAAAAUAAACAAAAAGAGGCCUAUCGGGCUACCUUUUACUGUUUGACACAGUUGCCGUCGUCUGCGUAGGACGGAACUUCAUGAUGGCAGCCUUCGUUAUAAAGCUCCUGGUUGUGGCCUUUGCUUUUCACACCUCUACAGGCAGUCCUCCGGGCCCCGUGGUGACGUGCUCGACCGCGGCUUCAGGCGGGGAAUGCACUGUCACGAAUGCCUACGCCACGUUCCCGGACAGAUCGGUCUGCUCGGGGCUGGAGGUGGCGUAUCCUGCGUCGGAGCAGGAGCUGCUGGCGCUGGUGGCUAGGGCGACGCUGAAGAGGCAGAAGAUGAAGGUGGCGACGCGCUACUCCCACAGCAUCCCCAAGUUGGUCUGUCCCGGCGGCACCUCAGGCCUCAUCAUCAGCACCAACAAUCUGAACCACACCAUCGGCGUGGACUCGUCUGCCAUGACCAUUACGGUCGAGAGUGGCGCCACGCUGAAGGAUAUCAUAGGCGAGGCGGCCAGGGCGGGUCUGGCGCUGCCUUACGCUCCAUACUGGUUGGGGCUCACCAUCGGCGGCCUGCUGGGAACGGGCGCCCACGGCAGCUCCCUCUGGGGGAAUGGCAGUGCUGUGCAUGACUACGUUGUGGGGAUGAGGAUGGUGACGCCUGCCUCGGCCGAGAACGGGUACGCAGCAGUUCGGUCGCUCAUGGCCGGCGACCCAGAGAUGGAUGCUGCCAAAGUCUCGUUGGGAGUGCUUGGAGUCAUCUCACAGGUGACGCUGAAGCUGGAACCGAUGUUCAAGAGGUCGGUCACGAUGGUGGUGAGGGACGACUCGGACCUGGAUGGGACUGCGGUGGCCUUCGGUGGGCAGCACGAGUUUGGGGACAUAACGUGGUACCCGGGACAGAAGAAGGCGGUCUAUCGGGUGGACGACCGGACCUCCGUCCACGCGUCGGGGGACGGACGCAUGGACUUCAUACCCUUCCGCUCCACACCCACCAUAGCGGUGGGGUUAACUAGAAUUGCAGAGGAAGCCCUAGAGGUCACACAGAAUUCUGAUGGCAAGUGUGUUUCAUCCAAGCUAUUGACUUCCACACUGCUGGCGGGUGCUUAUGGCUUGACCAAUGAUGGACUGCUCUUCACUGGCUACCCAGUGGUUGGAUUCCACAAUCGCCUUCAGGCUUCUGGUUCCUGUCUUGACAGCCCAAAUGACGGCCUUCUCUCGGCAUGUGCUUGGGAUCCAAGAAUUCAUGGCGAAUUCUUUCACCAGACAACAUUUAGCAUUGGUGUAUCCAAGGUUGGUGAAUUUAUAUCCGAUGUGAAGAAGCUCAGAGACUUGGCUCCCGAGUCCCUGUGCGGCGUUGAGCUCUAUAAUGGCAUACUGAUGCGCUAUGUCAAGGCCUCGAGCGCCUACUUGGGGAAGCAAGAAGAUGGGAUCGACUUCGACAUCACCUACUACAGAGCUAAGGAUCCCUUGACGCCUAGGCUGCACGAGGACGUGCUCGAGGAGAUAGAGCAGAUGGCGUUGUUCAAAUAUGGCGCGCUCCCUCACUGGGGGAAGAACAGAAACAUUGCAUUUGAUGGUGUGAUGAAGAAAUACGCUAACGCUAAAGAGUUCUUGAAGGUGAAAGAUGCGUACGAUCCUCUGGGCUUGUUCUCCAGUGAAUGGACAUAUCAGGUACUUGGUAUCCAAGGAAAUGUUACCAUUGUCAGGGAAGGGUGUGCCCUGGAAGGGUUGUGUAUAUGCUCAGAGGAUGUGCAUUGUGCACCUAAUAAGGGAUACUUCUGCCGCCCAGGCAAGGUUUAUACAGAUGCAAGAGUGUGCAGGAAGUUGUCCUAAUUGAGACUGGAUUUGUUCGUGCAUUGUGAUUAAAUACUUGUAAGGUCCAGCUGAUCUUUCAUUGGAUGUUUGUGGUAUAUAAAGUCCCUAAAGGGGUGCCCUUUCAGUGUAACUCAUAUGGCACUCUUCAAAAUAAAUAUUAAAUAAGAUUGGUUUUA